AUGUGGAAAUCGAAAGUUGCGAAAGUGCUGAGAAAUUCUGGUAAAGCCUACCAGUCUAUGUCAAAAUCAAAGUUACAAGUGCAAGAGAGAAAAGUCGUUCUUACCUGUGGAGAAAAAUGUCGGCUAAAAUGUAAAGAUAAGAUCAAUAAAAUAUCAAGGCAACAGCUUUUUCAUGCAUUUUGGGGACUCCGCAAUCUUGAAAGGCAGAGAGAAUUUAUAGUGCGACACUCACAAAAAAUAAAACCUAAAUAUCGAUACUCAAGCACACAAGAUUUUAGAGCACUUAACACUGCGUUUUGUUUUGAGGUUGCUGGAUCCAAAAUUAGAGUUUACAAACCGUUUUUCAAAUUCUUCAAACUCUUCAUUCUUCAAACUCAAAUAAUUCAAACUCUCGGGUUGAGUUAUAAAGCUAUACAAACGGCACUUUCCAAGGUCUCCGAAUCAGGAGUCAUACUAGGAGAUUUGAGAGGAAAACACGGCCAUCAACCAACUAUUGAUCCACAAAUCAAACAAAGCGUUAUUGAUUUUAUAAAUUCUAUUCCAAAGAUUGAGUUUCACUACUUGAGAGCUCAAACGAAAAGACAGUAUAUUUCAAGUAAGAAAUCAUUGGCGGAUAUCUACAGAGCUUACAAACAACGUCGUGAAAAGGAUGGUUAA